UGUAGUGCUGGGCGCUUCAGUCAGCGGUCCCGAGCGGACCUGCCUCUUAUAGACAGAGAUAUUAGACAGAUAUAUCCGUGUGUGUCUCCACGCCUCGGUGUGCUCUCUGCCCGGGAGGACCGCUGUGUGACAGGAUGGAGGACAUCUGCUGUCAGCUCAGUGCACCGGCUGCUUCACUGUCAGCUAGGACUCUGGGAGCUCUGCGCGUCUUAUGACAGAAACUACACCGUCGGGGGGAAUGCUAGGCAAACUGCUCGUGUUGUUUCAUACACAUGUAGUUUGGAGACUUGUGAAGGUUAGCAACAUGCGGAGUGUGAUGUAAAACUCAAACACCAGCUGACCAGGAGGUGCUUUUGGUUUCUACGUGGAUUAAUCGACAGCUGUGGUCGCCUCUGACUUUACUUUUUCUUCCACAAACCGCGAAGCUGUCACUGUCAGUGGAAAAACCGAGCGAACACGAUGCACGCGAGCUGCUGUUCCCCCCCGAACAUGUGCAACAAGUUACCGCGUGCGCACACACACCGGCCCACUGACCGACAUUAGCCGCGAACUGGAGGUCUCCAUCUGGCUGAAACAUGUUUAUUUUGUGGGUGCCGGUUAGCUUAUUCCUCAGCUUCAUCAUUUCUCAGACGUGGAGCGUUCAGAUGUCGUGGGAUAACUGGAACGCCGAGCUGCGCAACCGAGGGAAUGAGUUCGAUAAGCCGAGCUCUCAGCCACACAUCGUGUUCAUCCUGGUGGAUGAUCAAGGCUUCCGGGAUGUUGGGUACCACGGCUCCGAGAUCAAAACCCCGACUCUGGACCGGCUGGCCGCGCAGGGAGUCAAACUGGAGAAUUACUACGUGCAGCCGCUGUGCAGCCCGUCCCGGAGCCAGCUCAUGACCGGCAGGUAUCAGAUCCACACAGGCCUUCAGCACUCAAUCAUCCGAGCCACCCAGCCCAACUGCCUGCCCCUUGAAAAUGUCACCCUGCCCCAGAAGCUCAAGCAAGCGGGCUACUCCACCCACAUGGUGGGCAAGUGGCACCUGGGCUUCUACAAGCGUGGCUGUCUGCCCACGCAGCGUGGCUUCGACACUUUCUUCGGCUCUCUGCUAGGAAGCGGUGACUACUACAGUCACUAUAAAUGUGAAGGGCCCGGUAUGUGUGGCUACGAUUUGUACGAAGGGGAGGAAGCAGCUUGGGAACAGGACCGCGGCUUGUACUCGACCGUGAUGUUCACUCGAAAGGCUAUCAGCAUCUUAGCCAAUCACAACCCUCGCAGACAACCCUUGUUUCUUUACUUAGCCUAUCAGGCGGUUCAUUCCCCGCUGCAGGUCCCUGCCCGCUACCUCGAGCGCUACAAGGGCAUUCCAAACUUGCAUCGUCGUAAAUAUGCCGCCAUGGUGUCCUGCCUGGACGAAGCUAUCCACAACCUCACGUUGGCGCUAAAACGCUACGGUUAUUAUGACAACACAGUUAUAGUGUACUCCUCAGAUAACGGAGGCCAGCCCUUAGCAGGUGGAAGCAACUGGCCCCUGAGGGGGAGUAAAGCCACCUACUGGGAAGGGGGGAUUCGGGCGGUAGGCUUUGUCCACAGUCCCCUGUUGGUGAACAAAGGGACAAAAUGUCGAUCUUUGGUCCACAUCACUGACUGGUUCCCUACGCUGGUGACACUGGGUGAGGGGACUUUAGACGAAGAUCUAAGUCUGGACGGGUACGACGUCUGGGAGGCUAUCAGUGAAGGCCGUCCAUCUCCUCGCCAGGACAUUCUUCACAACAUUGACCCAAUCUACAUCAAAGCCAAGAAUGGUUCGUGGAAGGCCGGGUAUGGCUUAUGGAACACAGCAAUCCGGGCUGCGCUCCGGGUGGGCCACUGGAAGCUUCUGACGGGUGUCCCAGGCUACAGCGACUGGGUGCCCCCGCAGACCUUCUCCAACCAGCGGCUAACCAAUCGCUACCAUAAUGAGCGCGUCCGUUGGGACCGGGGGAAUUCCAUCUGGCUGUUCAACAUCACAGCCGACCCUUAUGAGAGAGUGGACCUGUCCCAGCGCUACCCUCACAUAGUGAAGAAGAUGCUAAUAAGGCUAGCGCAGUACAACAGGACUGCAGUGCCUGUACGCUACCCGGCGAAAGACCUGCGCUCUAACCCUCAGUACAAUGGGGGCGUGUGGGGACCCUGGUACAAAGACGAGAGGGAGGAGCAAGAGGAGGACGAGAGAUACAAUACCUUGUUCACCAACCAUCUUGGAAAAAGAAGGUGGAAAAAGAAAUCAAAGAACAGAAAGUUGAAAAGGAAGGUAGAAGAGUAGCCUACCCCAUUUGUGAAAGACUUUAACUGCCUUUUCUCAGGGAUUGACACUUCCUGUUUCAGGAUUGUCCUCUUCAGACAUUCUAUCUCGGGUUAAUUUCAACUUGACUCCACUAUAUACUGUAUGAAAAACAAUGCGGAUGGACCUUUUGAAAUGCCUCAAAGGAAUAAGAAAAAGAUCCUCUCAUUCAAACACUGUUGUCAUGCAUAGACACAACUAAGACCUCAUGUUAAAGUUAGGGGCAUUUAAAUGUACAAUAUGUAACUUUCUGCCGCUAGGGGUCUCUUAACCAAAACAAUGGAUUGUACACACAGACUUUUGAUGAUGUUGGGAAGUUGCGUGGAAUUAUGGGAGUAGUUUUUAUUGUUUAACACCAUCGCUGGUUAGAAUGCAAUUAAGUUUAUUCACGUUACGUUUAGUAACGUUUAUUUAUGUCAUUCUAAUAAAAUAGUUGCAUUU